AUGAAUGUAAAUAUAGGUAUAUCUAUAUCUAAUUUAAGUAGUGAUGAAACUGAAGCUUUUAAAGAAUUAAAAGAAGAUCAAGAAGAUGGCGUAGUUAUUAUGGACAAAACUGAUUACAUGAAAAAGAUUAAAGAACUUUUAGAUGAUCAAAGUGAAUUUCGUUCAGAUAAUAAUGAUGAAUCUGUUAAGGAUGAAAACUUAAUAAAUAGAUGUUUGGCACAAUUAGAAAAAAAAUAA